UAUAUAUAUGUACAAGUACAACCCGAAUUAUUUUGCUGUGUGUAUCAGUUGUGUUAAGUUAAAAUUGUUAAAUACAGUAAUGAUACUUGUUCUCGGUUUUUUAGCGCUUGUCGCGAGCGUUCACUGCGGAGGAUAUGGAUUAAUCAGUGGCUACGGAGGAGAUUUUGGGUACAAUUAUAACAAUUACAAUACUUUCAGGCCAGGUUACAGACCAGGAGGUUAUUACGAUCGCCCAUUAUACAACAAAUAUGGCACCAACAUUUAUGACGAUAUUUACCGACCGGGAUACCAAGGAUACAGACCGAACACCGUUCCAAGCCUGACUCCUUACGGAGGAUACGGGGGAACAGGAUAUGGUGGAUAUGGAGGAGGAUAUGGUGGUGGUUACGGUGGAGGAUACCCCUUCAGACCCGGAUACAGACCAGGAUACGGUGGCAAUGGAUUAGGGGGUUAUUAUCCUGGCAGUACUUAUCCUGGAAGUGGCUAUCCUUCAGGUUAUCCUAGCAGUUAUCCUGGAAGUUAUCCAGGAACAAACUUUGUAGGAUUCAGGCCGGAAUAUUAUUCCAGAACUGGCAGUUAUCCUGGCUACAAAUCCAGUGCUACUUAUAAAUAAAUAAUGUUUAGUUUUUGCUUAUUUAGUAACGUACUUGUAAAUAAUUAUAAUUUUAAUAAAAUGAUUUGUACUUA